GCAAUGAAGCCAUUAUGUUCGUUGCAAUAAUCAUGAAGUAGAUUCCGUCACAAAUUAAACUAUUGUUGAUGAACACACACAAAAAAACAUCAGGAAGUACAUUCAGGAAGUAGUUUUGCUUACGUUGAGUGACAGCCCACACGGUAGCUCGUCGAGCAGAUAAUCAAGAUGGCAGGUCUGUCUUUAUAUUUUGAAGAUGGUCAUGAUGAUUUGGAUGACUUUGGGUUCGAUGACUAUGGAUCAGAGUGUGACGGAAUUCGGAUCACAGCUUUCCUGGAUGCAGGGCAGGACAAUCUCACCCCCCUGGGGAGACUAGAAAAAUAUGCCUUCAGUGAAAACGUCUUCAACAGGCAGAUCGUGGCACGUGGGCUGCUUGAUGUGCUUCGAGAGUUCAGUGACAAUGAGAAUGACUUUAUUAGUGUCAUGGAGACAGUUGCCCGAAUGUCAGAAGACGGAGAGCCCACAGUGCGCGCCGAGCUGAUGGAGCAGGUGCCCAACAUCGCCAUGUUCCUGCACGAGAGCCAGCCCAACUUCCCAGCAGCCUUCUCCAGAUACCUAGUGCCCAUCGUGGUGCGCUAUCUCACAGACCCCAAUAACCAGGUGCGGAAGACCAGUCAGGCGGCCCUGCUCGUGCUGUUAGAGCAGGGGCUCAUCUGCAAGGGCGACAUGGAGACCAAAGUGUGUCCUGUUUUACUAGACCUCACCGAACCCAGCAGCGACGAUGACUACAAGAUAGAGGCCGUCGCGAUCAUGUGUAAGCUGGUAACCAUGCUGAGCAAAGACACAGUGGAGCACCUGCUGCUGCUGCGCUUCUGUGAGCUGUGCAGUGAUGCCAGGCUCUUCCAAGUCCGCAAGGUUUGUGCAGCCAAUUUCGGAGAGUUCUGUUCCAUUGUGGGUCAGGAUGCCACAGAGAAACUACUGAUGUCCAAGUUCUUUGACCUGUGCUCGGAUAGCCUGUGGGGCAUCCGGAAGGCAUGUGCAGAGUGCUUCAUGAUCGUCUCCAACUCCACCUCCCCAGGAGUGCGACGCACUAAACUGUCCCCCCUCUUCAUAAGCCUCAUCAGUGACCAGUCUCGCUGGGUGCGCCAGGCUGCCUUUCAGUCUCUGGGACGCUUCAUCUCCACCUUUGCCAACCCCUCCAGCACAGGCCUCUACUUCAAAGAGGACGGCACACUACUGGAGGUCCCCAGGUGUCCCUUUGACAGAGAUUCCCCCCUCAGUAUCGAGUCCUCCAUGCGCUGCUCCUUCAACGGCCCCACAGAGAGACCCUCGCACCCACCCAACAUCCAAGAUGGCCGCUCCACCCCAACUCUAGAAUGCAUGUCCGGGGGAGACCGCGGCAGCGACUCCACACACACUCCUCCCCGAGGCCGACACGAAGUCCAGGAAUUCAACAACAACCCUCCCACAAACAACGAGGAGACGGAACAAACGGACGAGAAUUUUAACUCAUUCCGCUACUGGAGGCCUCCGUUACCGGAUAUCAGCGAGGAGCUGGAGAUGUUGAAGGACCAGGUUCCUCUGCAGAACCAGACGACGGGAAUUAAAGAGGGAGAGAAGGAGGAGAUAGAGGCAAAGGAAGAGAUGGCUAGUCUGAAGCCAGUCACCAGCUCUCAGAUCCAGAAGGUGUUGGACUGCCUCCAGCCCCACAUGGAUGACCCUGAUGCACAAGCCCAAAUGCAGGUGCUCUCAGCUGCCCUGAAGGCUGCCCAGCAGGAGAGACAGUCUGAGGAUACAGAGGGUCAGUCAGAGAGCCAGCCUCCAGUGGAUGGGAAUGGGGAACCAGAUGAGGAGUUCUCUCAGAACGGAGGGACCGCAGAGGAGAAACAGACACCUAACGAGCCUCCCCAGCAGACCAUAGAUUCGGCACCCAUAGAGGAACUGAAAGAGACCGAAGUGGAGUCGGAGCCUCCGGUGUCUCCGGAAUCAUCCCCCGACUCGCCUGUCCUAGUACGGGACGACUCGGACCACAGCAGUGUGGAGUCGGAGCUGAUCGAGAGUGUGGAGGAAGAGGGGAAGGAGGACUCGGCUCCCAACCAGCUGUGUGAGGAGGAGAAGUCCAUGGUCCAGAAUGUGAUUCCCCAGCAGCUGCUGGACCAGUACCUUUCCAUGACGGACCCGGCACGGGCCCAGACGGUGGACACAGAGAUUGCCAAGCACUGUGCGUUCAGCCUGCCCGGCGUAGCCCUCACCCUGGGCCAACAGAACUGGCACUGCCUCAAGGACACCUACGAGACCCUCGCCACUGACGUACAGUGGAAGGUGCGCCGUACACUGGCGUUCUCCAUCCACGAGCUGGCGGUGAUCCUAGGAGACCAGCUUACGGCGGCCGACCUGGUGCCCAUCUUCAACGGCUUCCUCAAGGACCUGGAUGAGGUGCGCAUCGGCGUGCUCAAACACCUCUAUGACUUCCUUAAGUUACUCCAUGCUGAGAAGAGGAGAGAGUACCUGUACCAGCUGCAGGAGUUCAUGGUGACAGACAACAGCCGCAACUGGAGGUUUAGAUACGAGCUGGCCGAGCAGCUUAUCCUGAUCAUGGAGUUGUACAGCCACUACGAUGUGUAUGACUACCUCAGACAAAUAGCACUGACCCUCUGCUCAGACAAAGUGUCGGAAGUUCGGUGGAUCUCUUACAAGCUGGUGGUGGAGAUCUUACAGAAGAUGUAUGCAUGCGGAGCCCAUGACCUGGGCCUGAACUUCAUCAACGAGCUCAUCGUCCGCUUCUGCCACUGUCCCAAGUGGGUGGGCCGCCAGGCCUUUGCCUUUAUCUGCCAGGCCAUAGUGGAAGAGGACUGUAUGCCAAUGGACCAGUUUGCCCAGCACCUCCUCCCCAGUCUACUCAGCCUAUCGUCGGACCCAGUCGCCAACGUUCGUGUGCUGGUGGCCAAAGCACUGCGUCAGAGUGUGAUGGAGAAAGCGUACUUUAAAGAGCCAGGCAGUGCCUACUCAGAUGAGCUGGAGGAGACUGUGAUGGCCCUGCAGGCGGACAAGGACCGAGACGUACGCUUCUUUGCCAGCCAGGAUCCCAACAUGGCCCUUAUGGACACGGCUGCCUUAAUCUAGACCCAGCCAGCCAGCUCCGCGCGCACAAAACAACUAUCACCAGCAGCACUGAUACCACUCAAACAUACAUGCAUAUACUUACAUACAUACAAUCAUUCAUGUUCUCUCUCUCUCUCAAACAUACACACACAAUCAUACAUGCACACUCAUGUGAAUACUGACAUACAUAAAUGCAUGCUCACCAACACACACACACACACACACACACACGUACAGAUGCACAUACCCAAGUGUUUGCACAUACACAUCAUGUGAAACAAGCACUCUAAUCUCUGGGACUCCUCCCAUUAGAGAACAAUGAACAGGGAUUGGGGGGCAAGAUGGAGCCCACUGUAGUAGCAAACAGUGUGACACCUCUUCCGGGACUCAAAUUCUCCUCCUACCCACAUUAGCAUCCUAAGACUGAGACCCUGUAAUCACAGACCACUUGUCGCUAAACCCGACAAGCAUUCUCUCUCUCCAAAGCUAAUAGUACAUUUGUGAUAAUUGUGUGUUUGAUUUCUAUUUCCCGCUUUUCUCUGUGGAUUUCUAAACAACUACAAAACGACAACUGACAACCUGAUUAUUCUGAUGUGCGCUUAAACUCAGGGGGACUCGGUCUGAAAACGGCAACUAGUUAAGCUAAACCAGCCACUGCAAAAUGGCGUUGGAUCCCAGGUGGAAAUCAACCCUCUGAGCGGCUCGGCUCUUGUCCCAUCGUCGCUUCACCUCCACCCCUCCGUGUCCAGGCGGCUCUCUCAGGUCCUUUUGACUCAUCUCGGUUUAUCUCUUUCUUCCUCUCUCUUCAUCUUGUCUUCAUGGGCCACUGUAACCACUACUUCUCAGGAGAAGGAACAACUGCAUCACUCGGCACUCCUAAGUCAUAUUGGACACUUUAUUGGCAGAACAAAAGAUCAUAAUGAACUCAUGACUUCUUCCCCCUCUGUGUUUACCAUGCCAAUAAUGUGUCCCAUUUUUGGCAGAGACCAAUGAAAUGCCUCUGUCCGGACAUGACUUAGGACAGUUUUGUCGUGGAAGUGGAGUUUGGGGCUUUUAGAAUUGGGUGCAAUGUUUUACAAUGUUUCAGAUAUAAAUAUAAUGUGUGGACAUACAUGAGAGAAAUGCUUACACAAUGCAUCACAAUCUGUACAUUAUAUAAGGUUGCUGUCCCUGAAAAAGCCUCUGGUGUCAGCUGGACUUGCAAGUCCUUGGCUGCAUCCCAAAUGACUUGCAGAAAAAGAGAAUUGAUAGCACAAUGUUGGUUAUGCAUGUGUUUUUUUCAAUGGUUGAAAAGGUUAAAGCCCUGUGAAGCGCUCCCCCUUAUCCACUUCCACAUUGUGGACUCCAAUCCCAUUUUGGUCGACACCAUGAUAGCAAAUUUAUGGUCAAAUGGUAGCUUUUUCGGUAAGUCGGACCACUGACCACAAUUGUACAGUAUAGGAAUGGUUGUGCACCCAGGGUUUGUGUUCCAAGAUGCUCUGACCGUUAUGUACGUUCGAGAAGAAGUAACUUCCAAACAUUGGCAAGCAUUGUAUAGCUCAACCAAUGGAGCCAGUUUUUUUGAGGACCCAAGGCCAGUUUUAGGGGUUUCUGUAGAGACAUGAGUGUGAAUAUAAUGGGAGCAGUCACCAAGUCACUUUUGUAGUAGUUUGAAUCUAUUUUUUUUUUCUCUCCUGUGUUCAUGGCAACUGAUUUUUGACCAUAGACACGACUUGAGAACUUAAACUGAUUUUGGUGUGGCGUGCAUCACACGUCUCUCUUCCAUGUUAUGGAAUAGUUCACUGCGCUAUCGCAGUAGCCUACCUAACUCAUCUCAUCUGUCUGCAAUUUGUGCCCAUCUUGUUUUUUUUAUGUGGUAGAACUGUUAAUAUAUGCAUUUUAUGAAAUGUAUUUUUAUUUUCAAUUAUGUACCAUUGUUCAAAGAUUUUAUAUCCUAACUUUGCAAUUCAACCUUUGUAAUAUUCAAUGGUUUCUUUUAAAGACGUUUUAUGUAUUGUUAUUUUUAGUAUUCUGUAAUUAAAAUGAUAAUAUAAAUCAGAAAAAUC